AUGCCUGAGAAAAUAACUCCUGAGGAUAUUUUGAACAACAUUGUGGAAACAUUUGCUGAAAGUAGUUCAAAACAGAAAUCUGUGCCACUUUUUGGGGAAGAGACAUCAAACUCAGUCACUUCUCAGUUGAACCGGCUAUUUGGACGCCAAAAGCCCGUCCACCACCUUUUGGGUGGAGGCAAAUCUGCUGAUGUCUUGUUGUGGAGGAACAAAAAGAUAUCAGCUAGUUUUUUAACUGGUGCAACUGCUGUCUGGGUGCUCUUUGAAUGGCUCAAUUAUCAUUUCUUGACUCUUGUGGGCUUUGCUUUGGUUCUUCUUAUGCUUGCUCAGUUCCUUUGGUCAAAUUUUUCUGGCAUAAUUAGCAGGUCCCCAUCUGAAGUACCUCGCCUUGUUGUGCCUGAUAAAUUAUUUGUCAAUAUUGCCAUCUCGAUUGGUCAUGAAAUUAAUCGAGCCUUGGAAUUUAUUCAAGAUGUUGCACUUGGAGGAAAUUUGAAGCAAUUUAUUAUGGUUGUAGCAAGCUUGUGGAUUGCUGCAGUGAUAGGAAGCUGGUGUAAUUUUCUGACCGUUUUGUACAUUGGUGAGAGAUCCAACCACUAA